CAUUGAUAAGAAACGGGUUAGGGUUUAUGACUCAAUGAAGACGGCAAGAAGUGUAUUUUAUGUUAGGGAACUGUGUGAACGCCUGCCCUACCUCCAUCGGGUGUUUACAAUGUCACUGGAAGAGGGUGAAGCACAACCAUGGGUUGCUGAGUUAGUUGAGGGUGUUCCCCAACAGGGUGGAGGGUCAGGAGAGUGCGGAGUGAUGAUUGCAGCCUUUGCAGAGCAUCUUUUAAUGGGAAAGGACUUGCUUCCAGGUUGUGAGUAUGCCAACAUGUGGAACAAGAGAUGCCAAUAUGCUGUUCGAUUGUGGGGAGUGAAGAAGGUGGAGGAAUCAUAGGAAUUCUUCAUUAGCUUGGGAAGCCUAUUUUUGUAGGUUAAUAGUCCAGCUUUGCAAACACCAUGAAUUUCCCUGUACGAUGUGUGUGGAACAUUAUGUUUUUUUUUUGUGUUUGUUGCAAACUAUACAAAGGUGGCAUUUGAGAAAAAGCGG